AAGUACUAUCUAAAAAUGGCCAAGUCUCAGACUCAGAGUCUUGUGACCUAUGUGGAAGAGGAAAAUGUUCCUGCUCUAAAAGCACUUCUUGAGAAGUGCAAAGAUGUGGAUGAAAGAAAUGAGAACGGUCAAACUCCAUUGAUGUUGGCUGCUGAGCAAGGCAAUUUAGAAAUUGUCCAAGAAUUGCUCAAGAAAGGAGCUAACUGCAACCUGGAAGAUACAGAUAACUGGACAGCUCUUAUUUCGGCAGCUAAAGAAGGAUAUGUAGACAUUGUAGCAGAGUUACUUAACUGUAAUGUAAAUUUGGAGCACCGGGAUAUGGGAGGGUGGACAGCCCUAAUGUGGGCAUCAUAUAAAGGUUGUACUAAAGUAGCUGAGCUGCUUCUUGAGAAAGGAGCAAACCCAAACAUCACUGGGCAGCAAUAUAGCGUUUAUCCAAUCAUUUGGGCAGCAGGACGUGGCCACUCAGAUAUAGUACAUCUGUUACUGCAACAUGGAGCUAAAGUCAACUGCUCUGAUAAAUAUGGAACCACACCAUUGAUUUGGGCUGCUAGGAAGGGUCAUUUAGAAUGUGUGAAAUACUUGCUGCAGAUGGGUGCUGAUGUUGAUCAAGAAGGGGCUAACUCUAUGACUGCACUUAUUGUGGCAGUAAAAGGUGGUUACACUGACUCGGUAAAGGAAAUUCUGAAAAGGAACCCAAAUGUAAAUUUAACAGAUAAAGAUGGAAAUACAGCUUUGAUGAUUGCAUCAAAGGAAGGGCACACCGAAAUUGUUCAGGAUCUGCUUGAUGCUGGAACUUAUGUGAACAUUCCUGACAGGAGUGGAGACACUGUGUUGAUAGGGGCUGUUAGAGGAGGUCAUGUUGAAAUUGUGAGGGCCCUGCUACAUAAAUAUGCUGACAUAGACAUUAGAGGUCAGGAUAGCAAAACUGCUUUAUAUUGGGCUGUUGAAAAAGGAAAUGCUACAAUGGUGAGGGAUAUCUUGCAAUGCAAUCCUGAUACUGAAAUGUGUACAAAGGAUGGAGAAACACCUCUUAUAAAAGCAACCAAGAUGAGAAAUAUUGAUAUAGUAGAGCUUCUGCUGGAUAAAGGAGCUAAGGUUUCUGCUAUUGACAAGAAAGGAGAUACUCCACUUCAUAUCGCCAUUCGUGGAAGAAGCCGUAAACUUGCAGAACUGCUUUUAAGAAAUCCAAAAGAUGGCAGACUGCUUUAUAGACCCAACAAAGCAGGAGAGACACCUUAUAACAUUGACUGUAGUCACCAGAAAAGUAUUUUAACUCAGAUAUUUGGUGCGAGACAUUUGUCUCCUACUGAAUCUGAUGGAGACAUGCUGGGUUAUGAUCUCUAUAGCAGUGCCUUGGCUGAUAUUCUCAGUGAGCCAACCAUGCAGCCACCUAUCUGUGUAGGGCUGUAUGCCCAAUGGGGAAGUGGAAAAUCUUUUUUGCUCAAAAAACUGGAAGAUGAAAUGAAAACUUUUGCAGGACAGCAGAUUGAACCUCUGUUCCAGUUCUCUUGGCUUAUUGUAUUCCUUACGCUCUUGCUGUGUGGAGGGCUGGGUUUAUUGCUUGCUUUCACAGUGGACACAAUGCUCGGAAUAGCUGUGGCACUGAGCUUAUUAACAGUUCUAUACAUAUUGUUUACUGUGAUUUACUUUGGUGGCCGAAGAGAAGGAGAAAGCUGGAACUGGGCCUGGGUAUUAAGUACAAGGUUGGCAAGACAUAUUGGGUACUUGGAGCUGCUUCUCAAACUGAUGUUUGUGAACCCACCAGAAUUACCAGAGCAAACCACUAAAGCUUUACCUGUCAGAUUUCUGUUUACUGACUACAAUAGACUGUCCAGUGUAGGUGGUGAAACUUCAAUGGCUGAGAUGAUUGCUACCCUCUCUGAUGCAUGUGAAAGGGAGUUUGGUUUCUUAGCAACAAGACUUUUUCGAGUAUUCAAGACAGAAGAUACACAAGGUAAAAAGAAAUGGAAGAAAACCUGCUGUCUCCCAUCCUUUGUUAUCUUUCUCUUCAUACUUGGUUGCGUUAUUGCUGGGAUCACACUGCUGGUCAUUUUUAACGUAGAUCCAAAGAACAUGACAGUGAAUGCUAUUCUGAUAUCGGUUGCAUGUGUUGUUUGUUUGGCCUUUAUCUUGAACUGUCGUACAUGGUGGCAAGUGUUGGACUCAGUCUUAAAUUCCCAGAGAAAACGUCUUCAUAAUGCUGCUACCAAACUUCACAAACUGAAAAGUGAAGGGUUCAUGAAGGUUCUGAAGUGUGAAGUGGAACUGAUGGCCAAAAUGGCAAAAACUAUUGAUAGUUUCACUCAGAAUCAGACAAGACUUGUCGUAAUUAUAGAUGGAUUGGAUGCUUGUGAACAAGACAAAGUUCUACAGAUGCUUGACACAGUACGAGUCCUGUUUUCAAAAGGCCCAUUUAUUGCCAUUUUUGCAAGUGACCCACAUAUUAUUAUAAAGGCAAUUAACCAGAACCUCAAUAGUGUGUUACGUGAUUCAAACAUAAAUGGACAUGAUUACAUGAGAAAUAUAGUCCAUUUGCCUGUCUUUCUUAACAGUCGUGGGCUCAGUAGUGCAAAAAAGCUGAUGGUAGCUUCAACUACCAAUGGAGAUAUUCCAUAUACAGAUACUUCAGGAAUACAUGAAGAAGUUGACAGAAGAGUUUCUCAGAAUAGCCUUGGAGAGAUGACCAAACUUGGCAGCAAAACUGCUCUUAAUAGACGGGAUACUUACCGAAGACGACAGAUGCAGCGGACUAUUACACGUCAGAUGUCUUUUGAUCUGACCAAACUUCUGGUUACAGAGGACUGGUUUAGUGAUAUCAGUCCUCAAACCAUGAGAAGAUUACUCAAUAUUGUUUCUGUGACAGGACGUUUAUUGAGAGCUAAUCAGAUCACUUUCAAUUGGGAUAGACUGGCUAGCUGGAUUAACCUUACAGAGCAGUGGCCGUACAGGACAUCCUGGCUCAUAUUGUAUCUGGAAGAGACUGAAGGUGUUCCAGAUCAGCUUACUUUAAAAACCAUCUACGAGAGAAUUUCAAAGAAUAUUCCAACAAGUAAAGAUGUUGAACCUCUGCUUGAAAUUGAUGGGGACAUACGGAAUUUUGAAGUAUUUUUAUCUUCACGGACACCAGUUCUUAUAGCACGUGAUGUAAAAACCUUUUUGCCGUGUACUGUAAACUUAGAUCCAAAGCUACGAGAAAUCAUUGCAGAUGUUCGUGCUGCAAGAGAUCUAAUGAAUAUUGGAGGAUUACCAUAUCCCACAGUGCCUUUACCUGAGGCAACACCCAGAGCAUCAUCAGUGUUCAGUCAGCCUUCAUCAGUCUGCUCCUCAUCCACCUCCUUUAAUGGGCCUUUCAAUGGUGGAGUUGUUUCACCACAACCUCAUAGCAGCUACUACAGUGGCAUGACAGGACCUCAGCAUCCAUUCUAUAAUCGACCAUUCUUUGCCCCAUAUCUUUACAUGCCAAGGUACUACCCUGGCAGUUCUCAUCACAUCUCACGUCCAUCACUAAAAACGGGUUUGUCCAGAGAUAAGAACAAUGGCCUAGAUGUUAUCAAGGAGGAUGCCGAUGAGGGGCUUUCUUCACCUACAGCCCCCUCAAUGGGAACAGGAACAGUCACAGGAUCAGCCACUGGAGGAUCACAUGUGCCUUUGAGCUCAAUGAAUGUGGAAACCGUAUGUGAGAAGCUGAAGCAGAUAGAAGGGCUGGAUCAGAGUAUGUUACCUCAAUACUCUGAAACUAUAAGAAAGGCAAACAUAAAUGGCCGUGUCUUGGCUCAAUGUAACAUCGAUGAACUAAAGCAGGAGAUGAACAUGAAUUUUGGUGACUGGCACCUUUUCAGAAGCACGGUACUCGAAAUGAGAAAUACAGAAAAUCAGGUUGUUCAUGAAGAUUCUCGUGCAGUGAAUGAACAUGUUACCAAUGUGAUUCCUCACAAUGAGCUUUCUCGUCGUCCUGUGCAUAAUAGUGAAUUGCCUCACACUGAGCUUACAGGAAUUUCUGCUCAGGUUCCCUACGCUCUCAACUUCAGCUUUGAAGAACUGAACACAAUUGGUCUCGAUGAAGCUCCUCCACAUCAUAAUAAUUUGAGCUGGCAGUCACAAACUCGCAGAACUCCAAGUCUUUCAAGUCUCAAUUCUCAAGAUUCUAGUGUUGAAAUCUCAAAGCUGACUGAUAAGGUGCAGGCAGAAUACAGAGAUGCAUAUAGAGAAUAUAUUGCUCAAAUGUCACAGCUGGAAGGGGGUGCGAGUUCUACCACUGUAAGUGGCAGAUCUUCCCCACAUAGCACAGCAGCUUUCUAUAUGGGACAGAGCACAUCAGGGGGCUCCCUCCAUUCCAGUAUAGAACAAGAAAAAGGAAAGGAUGGUGAACAGAAACAAGAUGAUGGACGAAAGCCCUUUCUGAUGAAGAGGGGUGAUGUUGUAGAUUACAAUACUUCAGGUGUUUCCACUAAUGAUGCAUCUCCUUUGGAUCCUAUCACUGAAGAAGAUGAAAAAUCUGAUCAGUCUGGUUCCAAGCUUCUUCCAGGAAAGAAAUCUUCAGAAAGAACAAGCAUUUUCCAGGCAGCAGAUUUAAAACUAAAAGGAGUUACUUUACGCUAUCAAAAACUGCCAAGUGAUGAAGAUGAGUCUGGAACAGAAGAAUCAGAUAAUACUCCACUUCUCAAGGAAGGAAAGGACAAGAAAAUGGAUGGGAAAGUGGACAAGCAACCAAAAUCCCCAGAACAUGGAUCUGAGCCUAUUAGAACCUUCAUCAAAGCAAAGGAGUACUUGACAGAUGCCCUUUUAGACAAAAAGGAUUCCUCUGACUCUGGUGUGAGGUCCAAUGAAAGUUCUCCAAACCAUUCCCUCCACAAUGAUGGAGCGGAUGAUUCACAGCUUGAAAAAGCAAAUCUCAUUGAGCUUGAAGAUGACAGCCACAGUGGAAAGAGAGGAAUUCCACACAGUCUGAGUGGCCUUCAAGAUCCAGCUGUGGCACGCAUGUCAAUUUGCUCAGAAGACAAGAAAAGCCCUUCAGAGAGCAGCUUAAUAGCAAGCAGUCCUGAAGAGAACUGGCCUGCUUGCCAGAAAGUCUAUAAUCUAAACAGAACACCUAGUACAGUCACCCUAAAUAAUAACAGUGCUCCAGCCAAUCGAGCUAAUCAAAAUUUUGAAGACAUUGAAGGUAUCAGAGAUUCCUCUCAAAUCAUUCUGCGCCCUGGCUCCAGCUCAAACUCAACUGCAGUUCAGAAUGAGAAUCUAAAAAGCGUGGCUCACAAGCGAAGCCAGCGUUCAAGUUAUACCAGGCUUUCGGAAGAUUCUUCAGAGCUCCAUGGUGUUACAGCCUCAGACGCUGCAGGUUUUGGAGAAGAGAGAGAGAGUAUUCUGUGAAAGGAACAAACAAAAUUAAAACAGAGCACAUCUGUAUGUCAUAAUUUUCUUAAAAUCCCCCUUGUUUGUCAGUUCAUGCUCUUGCUAGACACUUUUUAUCUCUUUCAAUAGCCUCCACUAACAAACCUGGAUUUUUUUUUCAGUCUUUUUUUUUGGAAAGAAAAAAUAACCUACACUAUAAAAUAUUUCAUUAUUCCCUUCCCCUAAUUUAUACUGCUAGUAAAUAUAAUGCUCUCUUCCACAAAUGAAAGCAGUACUUGUCUUUCUGCAUGGGAAUCAAAUUUCUUGCCAAAGAAUUUUUGGGGAAAAGAUGUUUUAGGAUUAAGUAGGUCAGGAAUAUUUCAUAUAAAAAUAAAACAUAAACAUUAAAUGUCUGCUGCAAUGCACAAAACUCACAUUUUGUUAUCCCUUCUAAAAAUUCCAAUUAAAUAGCUUACUUUUAGAAAAGUGUUGUACCAUGUGUUGCCAUCUGAAUUUACAGAAGCCAGAAGACACAAUAUUAAAAUCCUUCCGGCCCUUGGUAACAUGAAAUUUCAUACUUUUCAUUAACUAGUUGAUCUUCAAAAGUGUGUGCAACAUAUGAAAUAGAAUAUGUUGGUUAAGUAUUAAGAUACAUGAUUGGCUAACUGUACAUCUUCAUCAUCUGUUAGUUUGUUCUAUAAUUGCUUUUGUUUCUGGCAAUCUUAUUUGUGUAUUGUGCUGAUAAGCUUUGUAGAGGACAUUGUCUGAAUAUAGGGUUAGAAUUAACAGAUAUUUAGUGUGUAAUGUUCUCUAAUUGAUUUAGUGAGUGCUCUAUUUAUUGUUGGUAUGUAAUUUCACAAUCGUUGCACUAAAUAGUUGUAACUGCUGUUACAUCAAGACAGUGUUUGUAUGUAAUUUCUGAAGUAUUGUUCUGCAUGCCCUUUCACUAAUACAUUCUUUUUCACCUAGUUAUAGAAAGGAAAAAGUAAUUAGUGUUUGCCAUUUUAAAAAUAACAUUUAAAAAUGAGAAGUUCAGUGAUAAUAUAGAGUACCAGCUUUCUUAUGUUAGAGAUAGAGUAUUUAAUCGUUUGUGUUUGUCAGCUAAAUAAUGUAUCUGAAUGUCACUGUAGCAAAUACUUUGUACUGUACGUGAAAUUUGCAUGAUUUUGGAAACGUGUUCAAUCAAAUGUACUCUAGUAGUAUAGAGGGAAUAAUAAAUAAAUUGGCAUAUUG